AUGGAGGAAACUCAUGGAACCCUAGCGCACGGCUCCGCUCCCCCAGCGCCGUCCUCCGGCCACCGCGCGUGGCUCUACGCCCCCUCCGCACCCAGAUCCCAAGUGCCAGCGGCGUCCAAAGGAGUAAAGAUCGGGUUGAGGGGGAGUAUUAGAAAAGGAAAUCCAAGCCGCAAUUUUGCGCAUGCCGCCCGCUCGCCAUCGAAUCCUCGAAGAAUGCAGGGAAAAAGCACAAAGCCCCCAACUCCUCGAACCCCAUCGCCGGCGCCGCCCACCAGCCUCCGCGCGUGGCUCUACGCCCCGUCCGCACCGAGCAGCGUGAUGGAGCUCACGAAGCAGGCGCUCAAGUCGCUACCUGGCAAACCUUCCGCCCACAAGGAACUACCGCCCAAGGCCCAUCCGCAGAUGCUUGAGUCAGUGAGAUCGAAAUCCAGGGACGCUCUGGCUGCUGCCUUAGGUGGUAUGGAUUCUGGGCAGCAAUGUCCUGGAAAUGUGGGUUCAGAUGAACAGGUCAGGAUUCGUAAGACCCAAAGCUUAGCAUCUAAAAUUGAAGAGGAGCUGUUCAAAUUAUUCGGAGGUAGCAAGAAAUACAUGGAGAAAGGCACAUCACUUGUGCUUAAUCUGGAAGAUAGACACAAUCCUGCGCUGAGGGAGCGGGUUUUGUCUGAACAAAUAUCACCUAAAUGGUUAUGUUCAAUGACUGUCCAAGAGCUUGCAAAAAUGUUUCCUCUUCCUGAUAUACAAGUGGAUGACAGGCGCUUGGUGAGGAGAACACGCAAGGGAGAAUUUCAAGUUGAGGUGGAAGAAGAAACUGACGAUGUUUUUCCGGUACAAGCUGGGCCUGGCGAUGAUCCUUAUGUUCCAUCAGAACCUAUUAUUGCGAUUCAAACCAAAUCCGAUGGUAAAACAAGUGCACACUGCAAGGAGAUCAAGGAAUUGGACAACAAUACUGUGCAAGCUGGUGGAGUUGUUGGGACGUGGAACGGUAAUAGAUCAAAUGAUUUAGAAUAUCUAGCAAGCGAGAUAAAUGAUCUUUUGCUGAAACCAAGGUAUGAUGGCUUGAAUAGGCCAGAGAUCGUCUCAUUCUCUGAUUUCCUGCGGAUCGUUGCUUCUGAACCACAUUCUAAACAUCAGCCCGUCGGUGCCAUGCUGCAAGAUGAUCGUAAUAGUAACAAAGCUGAGAAAGUUAACUCAGCAAUUCCCCCCAAAACUAUGAACACGACUGCUGUUUCAGAAUUCCAAAUUCAUUCUGAGGACGUGCCAUCUCCACGAGGUUAUUGUGAAUCCAAGUUAGAAUCACCCAUAAACAAACCAGCUCCAGUUUUGGAUCCAGUUGAAGAACCAAAGGUAGAUGCGUUACCCAAAUCCCCCCCUCAAAUGGUGGAUGCUGAAGAAUCACAUACUGUUAAUGGCUUGACUCCUGAAUCUGCUAUGCAGUGUGAGAUAACUCCUGAUGUUGCAUUGACGCAUGACAGUAUAUGGGAGGCAACAAUUCAGCAUGGGUCUUCGCCCACAAAUAUUAUUGCUAUCUUCAGAAGCGGUGAAAAACCAUCUACACUUGAGUGGCACCGCUUUGUUGAGAUGAAGGGACCAGUGAGGCUCAGUGCUCUUAAAGAAUUUCUUAUAGAGCUUCCUAAUUCCAGGAGCCAUACUAUAAUGUUUACUGCGUCUGUUGCUUAUUAA